AUGGCACCACGCUCAGCAAUCCCGACGUUCUACUACAUCUUCUUUGGCAUUUACGAACCAAUCCUGACAGUCACCGGAUUCCUCGGAGCCCUAGCGGACCCUAAGAAGACGCACGAUGGCCAGGCUCCUUGGGUUAACAAUCCUCCAGAAGAGCUUCCGCUCGCAACGCGAGUGACGAUCAUCCAACUCGCGCAUGUCUGCGGUCUACUUGGCGUCAUCAAUGCCUUCGUACUGCGUGCAUGUCGGAAACAUCUCGCGUUUAAUCCUGCACUGCAAGAAAAGAUCGUACGCGCGCUCAUGUGGCCUCUAGUAGUAGGCGACGCUUUACAUGUCGGCGUAACACUCUGGGCUCUCGGAGAUAAAAAGUGGGAUGUCGGUAACUGGAGUGGUUUGUUGUGGACUACACUUUUGCUUGGGAUGACUCUCUUUAUACCAAGGAUCAUGUGGCAUUUGGGUAUUUGGCGAUAUGUGCAUUCACGCGAUGGACAUGCAGUUAAUGGAUCAGUCACGAUGAAACAAGAAUGA